AUGACGGAUACUACUUCUCAACAACGAUCCAUAUCGCCAACUCCACUAUCAACAACUUAUUCGUCGAAUCAGAACGCCAUUUCUGCUUUGUCUUCAAAUUAUGUUUCAUCUACAAUCAAAUCACAAACGAUUACAACACCCAAUCAACAAUCAAACUCAGAAAUAACAUCUCAAAUAUCAAGUAGUACAUUAACAUCGAUGUCAUCCGGUAUUCUGUCUUCAGCAUCUUCAAUAGUAUCUGCUACUUCGGUAGGAAUUAAUACUUCGCCGUUGCAGCAAAAUAUUAGUUCUUCUGCGAUAAUUUCAAUUGGUGCAACUUCAGCUCUAACAACAUUAUCGAUAACACUAAUGAAUGCAACACUAACAAGUUCAACAGGUAUUGCUUAUACAAGCGCAACACCGACAAGCACAAGUACAGCAGCGUCGUUCAAUUCAGCCAGUGCUAAUUACUAUAUUGUAUACUAUUAUGUGACGCUUUGUAACAGUACGGUUUUUGGUCCCACUGUGAUCAAUGCUUUAAAUAAACUUUCGCCAAGUGCUGCGUCAACGUUAUUAGGCGGUAUCAUUAAACAAACUGGGCUUGAAUCAAGUUUAAAUGACACUGCUACAACAGCACCAAUAGAUAGAAAGCUUUGGUUAAUUGGUGCUAUAAUCGGUCCAGUUGCAUUUGUUGUGAUACUCAUUUUAGCUCUUUAUUAUUUACAUACCAAAUGUCGUACAAGAACAGGAGUUAAGAACAAGGGUGAUGUUAUACAGGCUAUCGCGAAUGAACCAUUGUCGUCACGAUAUGCUAUUGACGACUCGAAUUAUCGAAGUAUCAAUCAACAAUCUCAAGAACAAAGUCCGCCGCGUCUUCUAGAACCUCAAAAUAAUAAUCCAUUAGAUUCUCGGCAAAGAUCACAUGAUCUACCAGCGACAAACGCACAAUCAAGUCAAUUACAGUCGUCAUCCCCACCACAGUCAGAGCAAAUAUCACAGUUUCCUGUAUCAUCUAAUAUUCCGCUCCGUGUCACCAAUAGUAUUCAAACUAAAAAUGACGCUGGACAAUUGAGAAACCAGAAAAUGUAUCAACCACCGUUCACUGAUCUCAACAAUUCAAGAGACACGCGGCCGUUGCUGAAUUCAAUACGAUCGAAUGAAAUUCAAACAGAGCGAUAUAAAUUACAUCGUCUUCUGGAUGAAGUACUUAAUAAAGCCGAUAAUAAUUCGACAAAUCCUAAUCCACCCACUGAUAGAGUUGAUUCGAAUCUUUCCGGAUUAAGAUACAAUCAGUACUAUGCAGAUGAUCGUGUAGAAAUUCACGGUGAACCCUAUCAAGAAUCUGAUUGGCGUCAGAAUGAUCGACCACAAGCUGCCGGUAUAAAUCUUCGGCAGCAUACACUUGAUGAUGCUGGUAUCUAUCCUGGCUCGAUUCGACCAAGUGCUAGAACAUUGUAUAACGAUCCAGAAUUAUACAGAAGGCAAGUGAUGCGAGCACGAAAUAGGAAUAAUCUAGAUAGUGAUAAUAGUAAUCGGUUUCAUUUAAAUUCCUAUGAUACAGGUUAUACUUCUGAUCGAAGACAAUGA